CGGAGCAGACGACCACACAGAGAAAUAAAUAAAAUCUAGCCCAUUUGACGGAAGAAAAACAAUGCCUUGGUGACAAGUUUUGAUCGUUGCACUGCAGAUUAAGAAAAUUCUAUAAAUUUCUAGUCGUCCCUGACACAAGAUGGCGUCUCCCUUGGUUAUAGGAUCUAGUAUGGGAGGUCUCCGCCCAAAUACAGGAGGAGUGAUGUUUACACCAAGGGAUAUCCUCAAGACGUCUAAUGGAUUACGCACUCCUGGAAGCCGAGCAUCCAGAGGAUCGUUUGAAUAUGGUCGCCUAGAAGAAAGAGCUCCAUCAAGAGCUUCCUCAGCGCCGUUAUCACCUGUCGCCCUCACCCCAAAUCCCCAACUCAGUAUCAUUGAAGUUGAGCAGCUCAUAAGAGACAAGGUCAGACAGCACUACCAUGACUUGAAACAGGCGUGCCAGAAUUACGACAUCGAUCAGAGUCUGACCAUCACAAAGGGAGAGCUUCGGAGGGUCCUAGACACCUACUGUCACCCCCUGACCAGGGAGCAGUUUGAUGCCGUGGUGGCCAAGGUACCAGCGAAUGCCAGUGGAACCAUAGUGUACUGUAACUUCCUCGAUAGAUUUGCCAGCAGCGGAGAAGGAUCCAGGGAGUCUUGGAAAAUGACCUCGGGUCAUAGAUAUAGCUACACAAAGUCACCUCAGGAUAUGGGAAUUGACGUCUUGGAGAGACAACUGCGAGAGAAGGUAGCGGGCAAUUUGAAGAACUUCAUCAAAGGCCUGCAUUUAUUUGACUACAACCGGGACGGCAAGGUCCAAAAACACGAGAUGCGCAAAGUGAUCGAGAAUUACUGUUUCCGAAUGACAGAUGAACAGUACGACCGAUUAUGGUCCAGGUAUGACUUCCAUCAUAAUGGUGUUGUGAACUACCGAGAGUUUCUCCAGAGACUCGGUGUGAACGUCAAACGUCAUGAUAUCAUGUUCCCGGAGAGCACCAAACCACUGUCAUUUGCGGAGAAGGAACAAAAUCGACACAAACAAGUGGAACAGUUGGCUGUAUUCAACGGAUCGGAUGAUACCGUACGGGGGAUGACCUUCCCUCAAAUCGAGGCCGAGCUUCGCAAGCGGCUGAAGGAAAACUACAUCAAUCUGAAGAAGAUGUUCAUGGCCUUCGAUGCGAGACAAGACGGUUUUGUUUCCCUUGAAGACCUGAAGAGCAUCUUAAUCCAGUUCACGCUACCGAUGUCUGAUCAGUUAUUUCUGCAACUUAUGGACAGGUUUGGCCUGAAAGCGUCUCACAAGAUUCCCUGGGAACAUUUUCUGGAGAAAUUCCAGAAUCCUAGAAUUGAAGGAAACGGGCAGACCAUCCCGAUCAAACCAAAUCACAAAGUGAAUCCCAUCCGAGAAGGAGACGGUGAGAUGGAAGUUGAAGACAUCUCAAGACUCCUCCAUAAACACGUCACUAACAUGUACCCUUCUAUCAAAGAAGCCUUCUUGGCUUUUGAUCAGAAUCGAGAUGGCAAGGUAACAAAGAAGGAAUUGCGUAAGAUCUUGGAUAAGUUUACCAUACGUCUGAAUGAGCAGCAAUUCAAAGGCCUCGUCGCACAGCUAGACCCGUACAAUGACAACUGCAUCGAUUAUCACACAUUCCUAGAUUUGUUUGAAGUUCGCGAAACGAAGGAGGGUCACAAAUGGUUAGACUCUGAGCAUCGGUGGAAUGACAGGGCACCAGCUAACCUUGCCUGGUCCACUGUAGAGGAUAUUCUACGAGAGAAGAUAGAGGAGUACUGGAAGAGUGUGAGUUCAGCAUACCGUCUAGCCGACCCUGAGGGGACUGGAGCUAUUGGAUACAAACCCCUGAAGAGAAUUAUCAACCGUCAUGUCUUACCGGUCUCGGAUGAACAUUUUGAUGUUUUAUGGAGUCAGUGUGAGGAAUCACCAGACGGCAAGAUUAUAUUUGGAGAAUUCCUGGCCAAGCUGGGUGUUGACGUAUCCCCUGGUGAUCUCGUUGGUCCCAGUACAAGAAUACAGGUCCUGAGUGAUCUAAGUGAACAGCAGAGACAAGCUGACUUGGAUAUCAGAUUGACGAAUGUUCAGCUGACUGCUCUGGAACGGACCGGUCAACUGUCUGCAGAUGAAGUGAUCAUAAAGCUCAAGGAUCGAAUGGCUCAGAAGUCUGGACGCAUCAGAGAUAACUUCUUACGCUACUGCAAGAGCCGACGAGGCAAGCUGUACAAGAAGGAGUUCAGACAGGUCUUGAAGUCCUUUGGAAUGUACAUGGAAGACGACCAGUUCAGUAGCCUAUGUGAGAUUGUUGGCUUCAACCGUGGUCCGUUGACGUACACAGACUUUGUAGAGCAGUUUGAGGAUCCUAGAGCGAGAGGUCCCGGUGAUGAAAUCACGAGGGUACCCAAUCAUCGCUAUACGCAUCUAUUGACACAGAGUAUGACAUCUGGGGAAGUAGAGGGUCUAUUGCUGGACAAGAUGAGACAGGCGUUUGGGAGCCUCCGCACCACAUUCUACAAGUUGGAUGACAAUCACGAUGGGCUCGUCGAGCAGGAAGACUUCCGCCGUCUGAUGGACACCUUGAUGUUCACCAUCUCGGACGAGGAGUUCAAGAAGCUGAUGAGUAAGCUAGGCAUCAACAAGCGGACCAAGCUGAGCUACAGGGACUUCCUGGACAGGUUCCAGGUGGUGGACGCCCCGGGGAGCCACAAGUGGCUGGACUCUGAUCACAGGUUUAACAAGACCCACGACCCAGCUCAACUCGCGGCAGAUCAGGUUCACGAUAUCCUGGUGACCAAGGCUCAGCGUACCUACCAAGACCUCGCCAAGGCUUUCAUGACCAUCGACAAGAACGGCAACGGAGUCAUCACUAAGAAGGAGCUGAGAGAUCUACUCUAUACAUUCAUGCUACCCAUGACCAAAGACGAGUUUGAACUCCUAUGGAAAAAGUAUGACUUUGACUGCAAGGGUUACAUCGACCAUCAACAUUUCCUUUACAUGAUGGGCAAGUCGUUUGCUCCAGGAGACGAGAUUGGAGUCAGUCGAAGAAUCGUUGAAGAUUCCCAUGAGACUCUGGAGAACCAUCACAUUACGCAACUAAAUAAACAAAUGAACAUCACCAUAAACCAAGCUUCUAACGCCACCUUCAUCCCGGCUGACCAGCUAGAGCAAGCCCUCAAGGAUCGCUUCCGGGAUAAGUACGCCUCCUUUCAGAAUGCCUUCAACCAGCUUGACCUCAGCAAGACGGGCUAUGUUACGGUCAAGGAGCUCCAGAAGGUCCUGUUGGACCACAACUAUCUGGUGGAUGACAGCACAUUCUCUGAGUUUUUACAAAGAAUCGGAGUCCAGUCAGUGAAGGGCAAACUUUCCUAUGCACAGUUCCUUGAAGCGUUUGACGAGGGUAGAGAGGCACGCUAUCGGCAGAAGAACCACCCCGUGGUUCGGCCGGAGAGUUUCUCUCUACUAGGUCCGGAUAAAGCCCUGAAGAAACUCAAGAGGUGGAUGUCCACUCAACUACCAGUCCUUAAAUCGGCAUUCGGUGCUUUUGACAAGGACAAGCGAGGGCGUAUAUCCGCUCCGGAGCUACGUCGAGUGUUGGACAACUUCUGCUUCAAACUAACAGACAAGCAGUUUAAACACUUGAUGACAAAGAUCCGUGUGAACUCGGACUUGACUGUGAGCUACAUUGCAUUUCUGGAAGAGUUCUCAACCAAUGAAAAUGAGAUUGCAAACAGCUGGUUUGAAUCUCUUAACAAAGUCGAAGAGGAGACGACCCGUCAGUCGCCACCGUUGUACACCCUAGAAGAUCUGCAAAAGGACAUCAGGAUGGCUGUAACGGCGCGCUUCUAUCGUUUUACGGAGAAGUUUGGCGAGGUGGACUACGCUAAGAUCGGAGUGGUGUCCAAGGAGGAUUUCAGGAUGGUGAUGGAUGAGAUUGCAUUCAGGAUGAAUCCAGAUCAACUCGACAGUCUGUGGAACACAUUACCAGUCAAUGAGUUUGGCAACAUGGAGUAUCACAAGUUUCUCAAGCAGUACACGGUGGACAACUUGGAUGUCUCUAAGUUGGACUCAUUAUCCGAGCUUCCUAGAGCCUCCUCCGUUCAUCCAGCGAGGCAGAUUGCAACCAGUCCAGCAGUGAGAGCAUCCAGUAGACUGUCCAGCAGGAUGUCCAUCCAGCGUCUAGCCACGCCUCUGGUCAACGCUGAGAACGCUGAGCAAAGGCUGAAACUUCAAAUGGGUAAACAGUGGAAAGAGGUCCAGAGAUUGUGUCGUCUUAAAGACCCUGAGAGCUCAGGAGAAGUAGAUGGAGAGGACUUCAGAGGGAUCCUAGAAAGUCUUGGUUUUUCAUUAUCUGGUGAUGAGUUUGAUCAGCUGACUACGAAGUACGACUUAAAAGGAAAUGGAAAAUUUUGUUACCUGGAUUUCUUGAAGCAUUCCGUACUGAAACUUCAACCAGUAGCUGAGGAAGGUGAAGACAGACCCUCCAUGUCUAGGCAUAGAAUACAUCCAUCUAAGAUCCCGACCAAACCUGGAUCAUCUAGUAGCGAUAUGAUCCAAGCAAUGCUGAGAGUACGGGAGUGUAUCAUCGACAACUGGAAGCAGAUGAGGAGAGCCUUCCGGGGGAUCGAUCCAUCCGGGACAGGCAUCGUGACCGCCAUGCAGUUCCGCUCCGUCCUGCGUCAGUUUAACAUCAACAUGUCGGAAGAUGAGUUCUUUCAUUUGAUGACGUACUACGAUAGGUGUCUGGAGGGUAAGAUCUCGUACAACGACUUCUUAAGGGCUUUUCUACAGUGAACAUUUUUUUGUGGGAUUCAGAUUUUUGCUUGAAAUGGAAGGUACCGGCAAGUCAAGGUGAGGCUUAUUUAUUUAUCGGGAACACCGAUUUUAUCGUGUGUAGAGAUUGUACUGUGUGUUCAUAUGGUAUAAAGAUGGUCUUGGUGGAAAACUUCCCUUGAAACAUCUUUGCUUGAAAUGCUAUGGUUUUUGAGAGUGAGUGAAACAACUUUAGAUCUCGCGAGACCAAAACUCGUUUUAAAAUAUUGACAACUAUUUUCUUUUGACUGGGAUGGAUUAUUGAGCCUAAACUUUCACAGGUUUGAUAUUUCAUGUAUAUGUUGCGUCACAAAAAGUGCGGA